AUGCCCAAAGUUGAUGACAGUGAACCAGCUUCAAAUGCUCUCCCUCGUGGCAGAUUCACCGUCUCUACCACUGCAGUUGCAUCCAACGUGGACGACGGAGAAGACGAAUCUUCUGAGGUGGUGUGGCGGCCAACCUUGUCCUACAAAACACAUUUAGACUCUGUCAGAUCCGAGAUCUCCGAUGCUUUCGGUCAAUUCAUCUGCGAUGCCGUCUCAACACUACAAGGACAGCCCCCGGGCAAGGAUCCUCUCGUGUCGCGUAAUGAUGGCGGCAACGGAAGUGUAGUUACCGUGGAGGAGAUAGUGGAGGAUUUUGCUGCCGUCGAAGAGACAAAGACAGGGACGGUGGAGUGGAGCUUUGUUCGAGAUUGA